CGCAGGCGAAGAGGCAUCGGCCAUGGGGUCCAACAAAGGAGUAGAGAAAGUUGUCAUCAAGGCGGCUCCCUCCCAAGCUCGGCAAGUCUGCGUUGGGGACGAGGUGUCUGUGCACUACGUCGGGCGCGUUCAUGGCGGGCACGUCUUCGACUCGAGCAGGGCGAGGGAGAAGGAGUUCAACUUUGUGCUAGGUGCUGGAGGAGUGAUCAAGGGAUGGGAACGUGGACUGCCGAUGAUGAAAGUCGGGGAGACGGCGAGGCUCGUCAUCGACCCAGAGCUGGGGUAUGGCAAGAAAGGAAUGCCGCCCAAGAUACCUCCUGAUGCAACCUUGGAGUUCGAGAUAGAGGUUCUGAACUCAUGCAAGCCCAUCGAGAAGGAAGUUGUAGAGGAGAGCGAGAGCAACGUGGUAGCAAAGGAAGAAGAUUAUGUCAGGAUCAACCUCGUCGUGAAGGAUCUAGAGGGAAACGUGCGAGACAGUUACUUCCAAGACAACACGCUGGAGCUUUACAUGAAGCACCAUGUUGCCAAGAUGGAGACGAACGGGACCUGGAGGGCAGGUGCGCUGCUGAAAAAGCUCGUGGAACAGAUGGUGUUGAACGAGAAGGCUUCCUUCAAGGUGUACGAGCCGAUCAUGGACAAGCACGGGAACAAACCCUUCUGGGGUGAUGGAGCUGUCGAGCUAGAGAUCAAACUUGCGGUGAUAGGAAGGGAUGAAGAUGUCAACGGAGAUGGUGGAGUCGUGAAGCACAAGAUGUCAGAAGGGCAGGGAUAUGAGAAGGGGACUGAUGGUGCAAACCUGGCUUUCCACUUUCGGAUCAUGAACAAGCUGAUCCCGGGCGGGAGGGUUAGGGAGAAAACGUCAGAAGGAGAAUUGCAUCAGCAUCAACAUGCCAACAAGAGAAACGACUGCCUGAGUUACGACAAGUGGGACCAACUGGGCGACAUCAUCGACAGCGUUCCUCCUCAAGCGCAGCGAGCUCUUGAGGAUGCAGAGGCUGCCAAGAAGUCAAGCACGCUGUGUUAUCAGAGAGAACGAUUCUGCAGUGUACUUCUCAACAUGGGAGUCAAGUUGAAGUUCCGCAGUUUUGGCGAGACAUGCGAAGGACUUGAAGAUGCUCUGAUGUCAAUGAAGCAAGGAGAGCACUCGGUGUUUACUAUCUCUAUCGGGAAAGGUUUGGAGCACUGGAACUUGUCGUAUGAAGAGAAGCAACGAGAAGGAUUGCGCAAAAGAAUGAGGGGGAAUGAGUUCUUCAAGCAAGAGAAGUACAGGAGGGCUCUGAAGCUCUAUGACCCACUGGUCAGUAAGACAGGAUACUUCAUGAAGAUGCCGCAGCGGCCAUCGCAAGCGGCGAAGGCUCAACGAGAGGCAGCUGAGAUUGCUGGCCACAAGAUUCAUAACGUAGCAAAUGCUGUCGCUCAUGCGCAGAAUGCCCCAGAUACAGAGGACGAGAAGGCUCUCAAGUUGGAGCUGCAGUUGCCGAGCUUGCUCAACAUCGCUGCUUGCAAGUUCAAGCUCGGAGACAUGCGGGGAGUCAUCGACGCCUGCGAUCAGGCUCUAGAUCUCCAACCUCGUUGUGAGAAAGCUUUCUACCGGCGGGCACAGGCGCAUGCAGCCAAGGCUGACUUUGACUUGGCCAGGAAUGAUCUUCAGCAACUCCUCCAAAUCUCCCCGGACAAUGCGGAGGCGAAGAGAGAGAUGGCGAAACUGCAAAAGAUGGAAGACGAGGCAAGAAGGAAAGCAAAGAAGGCCUUUGGGGGGAUCUUCAAGAAGGGCCUGUCAGAAGAGGGGGAGGAAGAGCAGAGGAGCGAGGGAGGGGACGCGUCUUCGUCGCCAGCAGCCUCCUCCUCCAGCCAGCGAGUCCUGGAGCCGAAGAUAGUGGAGCAGAGAGACUUCGAGGUCGAGCCUAACCCCACAAGGGCGCAAGUCAAGAGCAUCAAGAAAUUUCAGAUCCCUCUCCCUGACGUGGCGCCCAAGGUUCGGAUCGCCGGGAUGUAUGGCGGGGACGACGGCGAUGAUGGGGAUGAAUGAGGCUCAUAACAUGCUGAUAUGAAAUGACCGAGUCACAGGAGCUGCAAGUACUGCCUGACUAGUAACUUGAGUGAACUUGUUGAGUGCUGCGGCGGGCCCGGCUCUCUAAUCAUUCAUAAAAUAUCAUCAUGGGUG